UUCAUUAAUUAUGUGAAUUAUCCCAUUAAUAUUGUUAUGGAAGGAAGAUAGAGAUAGAGGAAGCAAGGAAAGGCAGAGAGAAGCAGCAAUGGCUUACAUCUCUGCUUCGACAAGAACCAUCCUCUUCUUAUCUCGUUCAACCACCAAACUCUCCCUUUUCCCUUUCAAACCCUCUUUCUCUUCCCUCACUCUCCAUUUCACCAGAACUAAAUGCACUCUCCAACACCAACCUCAAACUCUGCUUCGCCGCAACAUCAUCGAAGUCCUCGAAGAGCGCGGCCUCCUCGACUCCACCACCAACGACUCCGCCCUCAGAUCCUCCGCCGCCGCUAAUUCCCCGCCUUUGAAGGUUUACUGCGGCUUCGACCCCACUGCAGAGAGCCUCCACCUCGGCAACCUCCUCGGAAUCAUCGUCCUCUCCUGGUUCCGCCGCUGCGGCCACCAACCCGUUGCCCUCAUCGGCGGCGCCACCGCCCGCGUCGGCGACCCCUCCGGCAAGUCACUGGAGCGGCCGGAGCUCGACGUUGCCACACUAGAGAGGAACACGGCAGGUAUAUCCCAAACUAUCAAACAAAUUCUAGGUCGCUCUCUGAAUUCGAACUUGGAAGGUUCUAAGGUUGUGAUUUUGAAUAACUAUGACUGGUGGAAAGAGUUUAGUUUGUUAGAUUUUUUGAAGAAUGUUGGUAAGUAUGCUAGGGUUGGGUCUAUGAUAGCUAAGGAGAGUGUUAGGAAGAGAUUGGAAUCUGAACAAGGAAUGAGUUAUACUGAACUCACCUACCAGUUGUUGCAGGGAUAUGAUUUCUUGUACUUGUUUCAGAAUGAGGGUGUGAAUGUUCAGAUUGGGGGGAGUGAUCAGUGGGGGAAUAUAACUGCUGGGACUGAGUUGAUUCGGAAGAUCUUGCAGGUCGAGGGCGCUUAUGGACUUACAUUCCCUCUUUUGUUGAAGAGUGAUGGUACUAAGUUUGGAAAAUCGGAGGAUGGCGCGAUUUGGCUUUCACCUGCGAUGUUGUCACCUUACAAAUUUUAUCAGUAUUUUUUCACGGUUCCAGAUGCAGAUGUUAUUAGGUUUUUGAAGAUUCUCACGUUUUUGGAUAUUGAGGAGAUAGCUGCAUUGGAAGGGGAGAUGAAGAAACCGGGUUAUGUGCCUAAUACUGCUCAGCGCAGACUUGCUGAGGAAGUUACAAGGUUUGUUCACGGGGAUGAGGGUUUGACUGAGGCACUUAAGGCUACAGAAGCAUUGCGGCCUGGAUCUGAGACAAAGUUGGACUGGAAAACUAUCGAGGGAAUAGCUGAGGGUGUACCAUCUUGUUCUUUGGCUUAUGACAGUGUUUUGAACUUGUCAUUGGUAGAUCUUUCGGUCUCUUCUGGUUUGUUUGAGAGCAAAUCUGCCGCGCGCCGCUUGUUGAAGCAAGGGGGUCUUUACUUGAACAAUAACAGAGUGGAUAGUGAAAAUAAGAGGAUCGAGGAAGCAGAUAUAGUGGAUGGGAAAGUUCUCCUUAUAUCUGCUGGCAAAAAGAAUAAGGUGCUCGUCAGAAUAGCAUGACAGGGAAUUCUUAGAUAGCUGAAUAUUCUUUGAUGACUAUUUAUAAUUGCGGUUUUGUUGUCUUCUUAUGAUACCUUUGAUUUUUUCUGCUAAAGAAUAAGUAUCUUUAUCGGUUUUGGCAUGUGA